AUAAAAAAAGAAGACAAAGGACAUGCCAUAUCUAUCAAUAAUUUAUCUCUAGCUUUGUUGAAUUAAUUAAGGUCAUCAUUAGCAGUGGUCCACAUUAUACCCCCUCGACAUCGUCAGCAUUUGAAGUAAACUUGGUUGUUUCUUCUUCAGUUCUGAGCGAUCUUCCUUCCUCUCUGCUUCUGUGUUUCCAAAUUCCUGUUGGCUUUUGUUUAUAUUUACAAAACCCCAUUUCCGAGUUUCACCUGCAAUCCUUAAUCUUGUGAGCUUUUUGCUUAAUCAUCCUGUCUUUUUUUUUUUUCAACGUCAUACUGUGAUUUCGGGAAUAGUUCUCUUGCAAAGGCGUUGGAUAUUCAGUUUGGUUCCCUUUGUUCCUUCAAGUUCUUUGGGAGCUACCAAAAGUUUGGUAUCAUUUUGGGGGUGUAUCCUGAGACCUCGAACUGUGUUCCAUAGCUUAUCUCAUUUGCUGGUUUUGUACGUAUUGCUGAGUAUUUUUCUUUUCUGAGAAUUGGGGCUGGUGAUGAUCUGAAAUUGUGGCAGUUUAGAGAUGGAUGUAGCCAAGGACCUUACUGCUGGCACAUUUGGAGGUGUAGCACAAUUAUUAUGUGGACACCCUUUUGACACCAUCAAGGUCAAGCUCCAAAGCCAGCCUGCACCACUUCCUGGGCAGCUUCCCAAGUAUUCUGGUGCUAUUGAUGCUGUCAAGAAGACAUUAGCUGCUGAAGGUCCCAGGGGGUUAUACAAAGGUAUGGGUGCGCCACUUGCCACAGUAGCAGCAUUUAAUGCUGUCCUGUUCUCGGCCAGGGGACAAAUGGAGGCCUUAUUGAGGUCCCAUCCUGGUGCUCCCCUUACUGUCAAACAGCAGGCUGUUUGUGGAGCUGGUGCUGGAAUUGUAGUUUCCAUUCUAGCUUGCCCCACUGAACUCAUUAAAUGCAGGUUGCAAGCACAAAGUGUUCUUGCAGGUUCUGGUACAGCUGUUGCGGCUGUCAAGUAUGGAGGACCCAUGGAUGUGGCUAGGCAAGUUUUAAGAUCCGAAGGGGGAGUGAGAGGUCUAUUCAAGGGCAUGGUUCCAACAAUGGCGCGUGAAGUACCGGGAAAUGCCGUUAUGUUUGGUGUAUAUGAAGCAACAAAGCAGGUGCUAGCAGGGGGUUCUGAUACAUCUAGGCUAAGUAGAGGCUCCUUGAUUGCUGCCGGAGGCUUGGCUGGAGCUUCAGUGUGGUUUGCUGUUUACCCAACUGAUGUGGUUAAGAGUGUGAUUCAAGUUGAUGAUUAUAGAAACCCCAAGUUUUUUGGUUCCAUUGAUGCUUUCAGCAAGAUUUUGGCUUCAGAAGGGUUAAAAGGUCUUUACAAGGGCUUUGGUCCUGCAAUAGCUCGAAGUGUUCCAGCAAAUGCAGCUUGCUUCUUGGCUUAUGAGAUGACCAGAUCAGCCCUGGGUUGAUUUAUCUUUGUUAAUGACACAUUGUUUCAAGCAAUCAUUCUUUUAUAGGUGAUUAUGUUAUAUUAAUGUUGGUCCUUGGGAGAUAAGAGGAAGAAUCUAUAUAUUUUACGCGGAGAAUUUGGGAAAUAUUUGAGGACUCUGGAUGUUACUCUCAUACUAACAAGGGUGUGGAAACAGAGAGGUUGAGAGAGUUGUUUAUGUUUGGAUUGUUGGAAGGUUUCCAAGGGGGAGAGUCUACCACAAAUAAGUAAAACUACUUUCCGUCAAGACAUGGACGGAAAGGUUCAAGUCUCUAUGAAAAGGUAAAUUUUUGGACAAGAUUAACCUUGUCAAAAUUGCUUCAUUCCCAUUUUACCGUUUGGCUUAAUUAUUUUAUUCAGUGUUUAAUACAUGAAGAUAUAACCUGUUCAUCCAA